AUGCCUAAUGCUCUGCCUAGUCUAAAAAUAUGGUGGACAGGACCCAUUUGGCUAAGUUACGAUAAGGAGCAAUGGCCACAACCUUCAGCUUCGGCACUACCAGAAGAACUGCCAGAAAAAAGGUCCAAGAUGAUCGCGACGACCUUAACCAACACAGAGGUUCUCGACAUAUUCAACCGAUACUCGAAAUUCACAAAAUUAGUUCGAGUCAUCGCAUACAUGUUGAGAUUCUUCGAAAAUGCCAGAAACCUCAAGGGUUCGAACAAUCCGGUAAGUUCUCUAGAGAAGAAGACGCGCACUAUCAAGCCUAUUCUCCCGGAAGAGCUCAAUCACGUCAUCAUUCGUUUAGUGAAGCUAAUACAAGCCGAGUCUUUUCCUGAAGACAUCAAGUCCCUCGCAGUACGAGGAGUAGUGAGCAAGGGUAGUCCUAUAUUGAAAUUAAAUCCCUUCAUCGAUGACUCUGGCAUAUUGAGAGUCGGAGGUUGCAUAAAAUCAUCGUUCUUACCAUAUGCAGCUAAACAUCCUAUGUUAUUACCAGGACAUCAUCCUUUCUCACAUCUCAUCAUAAGACACGAACAUGAAGCGGAAUUUCACGCUGGUCCGCAAGCCACAUUGGCUGCGAUACGCCAAAGAUACUGGCUGAUUUCUGCACGUAACGUCGUACGACAAAUUGUAAGAAAAUGCGUAACCUGUUUUCGUAGCUCGCCAAAACCUGCUUCCACAUUAAUGGGCAAUCUUCCAGAAUCCCGAGUAAAUAUACCUAAGAAGGUAUUUGAUAAAUGUGGUGUCGAUUAUGCUGGCCCUCUUUAUUACAAGGAAGGGACUAGACGUAAUGCUAAACUCAUAAAAUGUUACAUUGCCAUUUUUGUCUGUUUCGCAACCAAGGCUGUUCACAUCGAAUUAGCUUCCAGCUUAUCUUCAGAAGCAUUUUUGAGUGUUUUCAGACGCUUUAUUUCCAGAAGAGGAUGUCCCUCUGAUAUCUUCUCAGACAACGGUCUAAACUUCGUUGGAGCUGAUCGCGAACUCAGAGAAUUGGCAGACCUAAUCAAGAACCAAGCUAUGCAACAGCAAGUCAUUGAUCAAGCGACUAGUAAGGGAGUUAACUGGCACUUUAUCCCUCCAAGAUCUCCACAUCAUGGUGGAUUAUGGGAAGCUGCUGUAAAGUCAGCCAAACGACAUUUAAUCAAAAUGACAAAGGAUAGUCAUCUCAGAUAUGAGGAACUGGAGACGCUUCUUAUUCAAAUCGAAGCCAUAUUAAACUCUCGCCCGCUUACGCCUGUUUCCUCUGACUCCAAUGAUUUUAUCUUCCUUACUCCUGGACAUUUCCUGAUAGGUGCUCCUAUUACAUCUCAUCCUGAACCAUCUUUGGAAGAAAUACCAUUAAAUCGCCUUUCACGCUGGCAACAUGUACAGCAAUUACGUCAACACUUCUGGCGACGUUGGUCAAGAGAAUAUUUGCAUCAAUGUCAACAACGUAACAAAUGGCAUACCCAAGAUGCAGCAAUACACAUUGGACAAAUGGUUAUUUUAAAGGAGGAUAAUACACCGCCAUUAUCUUGGCCUCUUGGAAGAAUUCAAGAACUACAUAUUGGUGGUGAUGGAAUAGCUCGUGUCGCAACUAUACGCACAAUGAACGGAAGCUACAAACGGCCUAUCACACGGUUGUGUCUGCUUCCUAUUGAGGACUCUGUCUAG